ACGAACAACAACAACAGCCUACGUCUGAGCUAUGUGGGUAAGACCCACGGUAAGACCUACAGUAUUAUGAUCCCAUUUUCCACCGUAAUCAACUAAAAGCACUGCCUGUGUGGAAUAUGCCUUUGGGGCACAUGUUUUGUCGAAUUGUGAUGUCUGAAGAGAGAAAUAAUGGUUGACGAGUUUGAGAAUAAGGAAAAUAGAGGCCAGUUCCAGAACACGAAACGUCAUUGAAUGAGCUUCUCGCGGCAAAGGUUGCAAUCGCUUCCAUUAUUGUUUCCGCAGUGCUGAAACGAACGUAUCACUUCUGGCGGUAAACGUGCUCGGUGGAAAGUUCAACGAGCCAUGUCUUCUGAAAUAAACGGUCGUUGCCUUCAGGGAGGAAUAAGAAGUUGUGGGGGAUGCGGCGAAAAAAUUCUGGAUCGAUUUCUCUUGCUCGCCUUGGAUCAAUACUGGCAUGUAAACUGCUUGAAAUGUUCUUGCUGUAACGUGAGAUUGGGAGAAGUAGGAUCGUCUUGUUAUGCCAAAGGCGGAAUGAUCUUGUGUAAAAACGACUACGUAAAGUUGUAUGGCUCAAGCGGAGCAUGCGCCGUAUGCGCUAAGUUGAUUCCCGCCACUGAGUUUGUAAUGAAAGUUUUGGGAAAAGUUUAUCACAUCGACUGUUUCAAUUGCACGACUUGUCACAACCCACUAGUGGCCGGUGACCGGUUUCACGUUGUCAACGGGAGGCUGUUCUGUGAGAGUGACGACCCGAGACUACUAAAACAACAACUCCAUGCACCAAAACAAACGGUAUGUUAAUGGAUAGCAAGGGAUUCGCAUGUGAUUAGCUUCAAAAGAUGACAAAAUUAGAAGGUUUUUGUCUGGGCCUGGAAGAGCGAAAGACGAAUCUUGUUCCCGUGAUAACUUUGAAGCCUCUAAUGGAAAAUUGAAAGUUCCCCAAGGCAGACACCCCAAAAGGGACAUUUGAACACUACGAUAUCAAUGAAUGCUCCACGGUGGCUAAUUAGUGUAGUUUAUUUAGCUUUGGAUGUCGAAAUGGAAGUAGCAAAGCCAUUGCUGAUCGAAAGGAUUAUUUCGUCUAAGUGGCCUUGGAAAAACAUGUGUUAAAUUUUAAAAGAAUGAAAAUUCAUUUGAAAAUGUUUUAGUUUAGCACGGAAUCAUGCAGCUUUGCAAAUAUAAACUGAAAGUAGGUUUGCAACACAUCAGUUACGGAGACAAGGGUACGAACGAGACGAGGGGAAAAUGACAAAAUUUGAAAUCGUUCUUGAGAAUUUAUAUUUGAAAAGAAAAGAGGAAUCAUUGCUAGAUAUUCUGAUUUCUAAUUUAAACAAAUUUAGUAUUGUACGUAGAAUAUAUUAGUACUACUUGAACGAGAAAAAUAAUAAACAUUGUGAAAAUGCAUGGCCACUACAAGUGUAGAUAAAUGGUAAAAUGUGUAAAGUUCUUUAAAUAAAAGUGUAACUCUAAAACCACAUUCGCUAUGUUUUAUUUAUAUAUGGACAAAAAGCUAUGUUUUUGGAUUACUAGAGGCUGCGUUUAAUGGUGCAAAACAAUUUGCCUCAGUUUUGGCUAAAGUAAUAUAAAAUAAAGCUCCUUCGAUUAAUCCAGGACGUGAAUACACAAAUUAAAAAUGUACAAAGUGUCGAGCUAGCAUGGUAAAAACAAAUAAAAUCAACUCAAUACA